GCGCAAUGUCGGGGCCAUACGGUUACGGAGGAUACGGGGGCUAUAAUAACGCUCCCGGGCCCGGGGGGUACGGGUACCCCCGACCUGGGUACCCUCCCGGACAAGCCCAGGCUCGCCCAGCAGGCUAUCCGCCCGGUCAGCAGCCCCCACCUGCUGGCCCUCCUCAGGGGUACGGACCUCCUAGACAACAAUACCCACCUGGGCAGCAGACCGGUUACCAAGGUUACCAGCAACAACCUGGAUACGGCAUGCCAGGAUACCGACCUCCUGCAGCACAGCCUCAGGGAUACACGCCAGUUCCGGGUACUACAGCCGGCUACACACCACCCAUCUCUCAACCGCCCCCCAUGGCAACCUCCGGCCACGGUCCCAUGGUAACGGCAGGCCACGUUCCUACAGUCAGUUCAGCCAACAGGCCCCCGAUGUACGCGCAGCCCCCCAGACCAGGCCCCCCUGCUCCUGGACCGGGAGGAUUCCGACCUACGAGACCUGCUGGUCCAACUGUUCCCCAGUCCUUCCCUGAACUCUAUGGUUUGAGCACAGAAGAAUUGGAAAAGCUAAUGGACAAUGACGCAGCAGUUUUGGAGUAUUUCGAGAGCAGAGAUGAUAUAAAGAGACUACAAGAAGAUAGGACGAAGAUAGUGGAACGAAACGAGACACUAGCCCUCGAGAACCUCACCCUAAAACCGCAAUUAGAGGAAAAACAGCAGGAACUCAUUGCUCUGUACUCAGAGUUGGAGUCAAAGCGAAACGAGCUGAGCGAUCUUCAACAACAGCAACAAGCUCUGGCUGACCACUACGCUCCCCAUAACAUUCUGGCCAGACUCAAGAUUGCAGCCUCGGAGGUUGAAGAUGAAACUGAGGCUAUAGCGGAGAAUUUCCUGAACGGUGACAUUGCGAUAGACGAAUUCCUCAAAACAUACAUUCCGAAAAAAACGCUGUGUCAUAGUCGCAGAGCAAAAGAGGAGAAAAUGGAACGGAUGGGAAUCUAGAGAAAACGUGAGGCUGUUUCCAACGAAGAUGAUCCUUAAGUCCUGAUGAUGAAUGAUUUGGAACGAUUCCAAUUUAUUUGCAUCGAGAUUAACUGGCUCGGAAUAUUUGAGUGGCGAGUGCCAAUAGUGGCAAUAAUGGCAACACCAUCUAGAAAUACACGCAAAGAAUUCAGAUACUGUUCAUUAUAAUAUGAUAGUGAUUAUGUUUCGGGAGAUGGUGACUUUCAAAAUCAACCGUAUAAAUUAACUUCUGUCAGACUAUAGCCUUUGAUAUUUAGUUAGGUAAUAAUAAUGAGUACACGGUAACCUUCUGUCAGACUAUAGCCUUUGAUAUUUAGUUAGGUAAUAAUAAUGAGUACGGUAACCUGUUUUAACUUUCAUGAACAUUCUAAAGUCACGAUUGUUUGAUUUUUAAGAUUUGUAAAAAUAUGCCAAGAUGAUUGUGGUUAAUCAAAAUUGCUUGUUAAAUUGGAAUCUGACAGAUAAGAGAACAAUUUGGAGGUGAAAUUUCGUAAAUUUUGGGUUUAAUUAUAUUUUCAUACUAAUUUCAUAAUUAUUACUUCUCUGCUAGACAGUGGGUUACACCGCAGUUCGAAAGUUUGGGAGGUCCUGAAUCCUGAGUCCUGAUGGAUGUUUUUAAUAUCAGGGAUACAACUUAAAGAUUCCAAUAUUUGGCUAAAAUUUAAAAGCGCGUAUGUUAGAGUGUAGUGCAUAGCUUGAUUAUUAUGAAAUUUAAUUAACAUUACUUUUGGUUUAACUUCAUGUGAUUUGUUGUUGGUAAUUAAAUGACUACUACGCAGUACACUCAUGUUAUCAAUCCCAAUCUCUCUAGUUUCAGUUUGUGGGCGACCACAUUUUGUUUCUUUGUAAUUGUCAGAGUUAGAUCGACCAUAAUAGUUCUAGAACUUUCAAAUUACGUAACUGUCUUAGUUUAAAUUGUUAUUAUGACUUUGUAUAAAAGUUGCGUUCAUGGAACAUCUCAGUCUGCUCAUGUCAAUGCUUCCUGGUCUAUGUGAAACGAAUGUGAGCCAGGCGCCUGGUAAGGGGAAAUCCCGUACAAAUAUUGCCGUCCAUAAGCUAAUCACUGCAAGUAAAGUGAAAUGUGGAUGACAUGAUGUAAGUGAGGAUGAAGUUGAACUCAAUAAAAUAACUGUACAUUGUAACUGUACAAUGUACAUCAUAUAAGUAUGUAAAUGGUAAAGUUUUAGUUUUACUUUAAAAUACGG